GGCCUCCGCGCGCAGGCGUCCUGACGGCGGGUCCCUGCGGCUCAGGAUGGAGGCUGAAUACUUCUCUUAUCUGUAUGUCUUGCCAUUCAUCUGAAGAACAGAGGCAAAUUAUAAAAUCCAACAUUUUCAGUUGCAUUCUAUGAGAGUACAGCAACAUGGACAUAGCAAAUCCGCCGACCUCCAAGUGUAUCACCUACUGGAAAAGGAAAGUGAAAUCUGAGUACAUGCGACUCCGGCAGCUCAAACGGCUGCAGGCGAACAUGGGUGCAAAGGCUCUCUAUGUGGCAAAUUUUGCAAAGGUUCAAGAAAAAAACCAAAUCCUCAAUGAAGAAUGGAAGAAACUUCGUGUGCAACCUGUCCAGUCAAUGAAGCCUGUGAGUGGGCAUCCUUUUCUCAAAAAGUGUACCAUAGAGAGCAUUUUCCCAGGAUUUGCAAGCCAGCAUAUGUUGAUGAGGUCUUUGAACACUGUUGCAUUGGUUCCAAUCAUGUAUUCCUGGUCUCCUCUCCAGCAGAACUUCAUGGUUGAAGAUGAGACGGUUUUGUGCAAUAUUCCAUACAUGGGAGAUGAGGUGAAAGAAGAAGAUGAAACCUUCAUUGAGGAGCUGAUCAAUAACUACGAUGGGAAAGUCCACGGCGAGGAAGAGAUGAUCCCCGGAUCUGUCCUCAUUAGUGAUGCUGUGUUUCUGGAGUUGGUGGAUGCCCUGAAUCAGUACUCAGAUGAGGAGGAGGAAGGGCACAACGACACUGCAGACGGAAAGCCCGAGGACAGCAAAGAAGACCUGCCCGUAACCAGGAAAAGGAAACGACUUGCUAUGGAAGGCAACAAGAAGACUUCCAAGAAACAGUUCCCGAAUGACAUGAUCUUCAGUGCCAUUGCCUCCAUGUUCCCUGAGAAUGGUGUCCCAGAUGACAUGAAGGAGAGGUACCGGGAGCUGACAGAGAUGUCGGACCCCAAUGCGCUUCCCCCGCAGUGCACGCCCAACAUCGACGGCCCCCAUGCCAAGUCUGUGCAGCGGGAGCAGUCUCUGCACUCCUUCCACACGCUCUUCUGCCGGCGCUGCUUCAAAUACGACUGUUUCCUUCACCCUUUUCAUGCCACCCCUAAUGUAUAUAAACGCAAGAACAAAGAAAUCAAGAUUGAGCCAGAACCCUGUGGCACAGACUGCUUCCUCCUGCUGGAAGGAGCAAAAGAGUACGCCAUGCUUCAUAACCCACGCUCCAAGUGCUCUGGGCGCCGCAGGCGAAGGCACCACGUGGUCAGUGCUUCCUGCUCCAACACCUCAGCUUCUGCUGUGGCUGAGACUAAAGAAGGGGACAGUGACAGGGACACAGGCAAUGACUGGGCUUCAAGUUCUUCAGAGGCCAACUCUCGCUGUCAAACCCCUACAAAACAGAAAGCCAGUCCAGCCCCCUCUCAGCUCUGUGUUGUAGAAACCCCCUCAGAGCCUGUGGAGUGGACUGGAGCUGAAGAGUCUCUUUUUCGAGUCUUCCACGGCACCUACUUCAACAACUUCUGUUCAAUAGCCAGGCUUCUGGGGACAAAGACAUGCAAGCAGGUCUUUCAGUUUGCAGUCAAAGAAUCGCUUAUCCUGAAGCUGCCAACAGAUGAGCUCAUGAACCCCUCACAGAAGAAGAAGAGAAAGCACAGGUUGUGGGCUGCACACUGUAGGAAAAUUCAGCUGAAGAAAGAUAACUCUUCCACACAAGUAUACAACUACCAGCCCUGUGACCACCCAGACCGCCCCUGUGACAGCACCUGCCCCUGCAUCAUGACUCAGAAUUUCUGUGAGAAGUUCUGCCAGUGCAAUCCUGAUUGUCAGAAUCGCUUUCCUGGUUGUCGGUGUAAGACCCAGUGCAACACGAAGCAGUGUCCUUGCUAUCUGGCCGUGCGAGAGUGCGACCCUGACCUUUGCCUCACGUGUGGGGCCUCAGAGCACUGGGAUUGCAAGGUGGUCUCUUGCAAAAACUGCAGCAUCCAGCGUGGCCUCAAGAAGCACCUGCUGCUGGCCCCUUCUGAUGUGGCCGGAUGGGGCACCUUCAUUAAGGAGUCUGUGCAGAAAAACGAAUUCAUUUCUGAAUAUUGUGGUGAGCUCAUCUCUCAGGAUGAGGCUGAUCGGCGAGGGAAGGUCUAUGAUAAAUACAUGUCCAGCUUCCUCUUCAACCUCAACAAUGAUUUUGUAGUGGAUGCUACCCGGAAAGGAAACAAAAUACGAUUUGCAAACCAUUCUGUGAACCCCAACUGUUAUGCCAAAGUGGUCAUGGUGAAUGGAGAUCAUCGGAUUGGCAUCUUUGCCAAGAGAGCAAUUCAGGCUGGCGAAGAGCUCUUCUUCGAUUAUAGGUACAGCCAAGCUGACGCCCUCAAGUAUGUGGGCAUCGAGAGGGAGACCGACGUCCUCUAGCCUCCUGGCCCUGCGCCAGCGCUGGGGCACUGUCUUAGCUUCAUGCUCACACCACUGCUGCUAGAGCUCCUGCACUGUGUCCCUCCAUGCCAAGAACCCCACCCACUCCCUCUGUACCGAGGCCUCUGCCACCAUGUCCCACGGAGACGAACUGCCUCAGUGAGAGGGACACAGGCAGUGAGGGCCUGACAUGGGAGACUUCACCUCGGGCCUCAGGAAAAGCCGCAGGCUGAAGUAGAUGGUGACGCUUGAUCUUCCCUCAGCUCCCCAGGCUGCAGGCCUCAGGAAUCAACCAGCACUGUGGCUUUAGCUUUCCCAAUCAGUGGUCCUGUGUCACUGGGACAAAGAGGAAUAGCCAGCCCCAUGACAACAGUUCAGCUGCAAAACCUGGGCUCAGGUGGCUUGGAGAAGGCUUUCCCUGUCGAUUCUGGAAGUUACACUGGGUGUUUUUGGACUCCCAGAGCACGCAUCAGGGGUCUGGCUCAGUGACUGUAGGCAGGCCUGCUGCUGCUGCUGCUGCUGCUGCUGCUGCUGCUGCUGCUGCUGCUGCUGCUGCUGCUGUGGAAGCAUGGGGCGUGCCUGGCUGGGAGGGAGCACUCUGGGUCGUUGACCCUUCACUUGCUCGCGGGCCUUCCAUUUCCCAGAGCUUAGGCCCAUGGAUCCUCCUGCUUGUCUCGUCAGGGUCGAUGGGCCUGCUCUAGACUUAAGAGGGAAAACCUGUUGGUGUGAUUUACUCCCUGUCUGUAGCACCUGCUGUUUGGGAAGUGUGGACUGGUGGUAUGUGUUUGCACGUGGGUGAGGGGUGCCAUUGCACGUGUUUAGAAGGGCAUCCCAUUCUAGGGCAGACUGGCAGGCAGUGUUUGCAGCAUUGGGAAGAAGCAGGCAGACCACCUGUCCCAGUCUGGAAUGCCACUCUCUCUGGGAUUCUUGCAGAACAAAGCACUUUAACUUUCUUUCAGAAGGUCUGUAGACUGGAGUAGAGUUUGAGCCAAGGUCUGGGGUCCCUGUCCAAGUCCAGUUCGAUCUCAUCUCCUGGAGAAGGCACGAGGAGCUGGUUUGGCACAGGAAUUGACAAGGCUGCUGCCAGCCAGAGCUGCCCUGGGUGUGUAGCUGGUGUGCUGAGCCAGCAGGAACAAGGAGCACUGUGCUGGGUGGAAAGGGCUGGGGCAGGUACAGACUGGCCUAGGGAGUGUCUGGGGAGCAGGCUUUUUGCUCCCUGGAGAACCAGAGCCUCUCCUGCCCCAGUCUUUGCUGGCCGCCCCCUUCUUACCACCAUGUAGGCUCCCUGUGGCCCACCGGCCUCUUAGGGAUUUGUGUGGAACAUGCACACACACUCCAAAAGCUCACACUCACCACACUGGCAAGCACACGCCCAUUCAGCUCCUGACCCCAGUCUCCUCCCCCUGACUGGACCGACCCCCACCACGAUUCUGCUCCUGUUUGUUUGUAUCGGGAUCCCCUUAAGCCUGAAUUUGGGCUCUGAAUUCCUCACUGGUUAAUUCUUGGGGAAAGCCAAAGACAGAUGGAGGAGGGAGUCCAGGAUGUCUGAAAGCCAGGGGCUGGCCAGGAGGAGCAGUUACAAACAAUCCUUUUCCAGCCCUUGAGAGUGUAGAUUGACCCCGGCUUUCCUUGGGAAGCAGAAUCACUGACUAGUCCUCUCCUCCAGUCCAGUUGCAGACCACUAACACUCCUGUUCUUCCAGCUUUCCCCCUCCUUUGUCCUUGCUGUCCCCUACCUUGAAUGACGGGUCUCAUCCCCUCCCCCCGCGUGGCUGUGAUAGAUGGAGUGAGGUGGUGGGGACUGGUGGGGAGCUGGCGUACAUGUGGCCUCCCUGCCAGUGAAUUUCACGCACUUUAAAGUCCUGUGGCUUGUGACCUCUAAUAAAGUGUUAGAACCCA